ACCGAAUACCAAAGAAGAGUCAAGUGGAAAAAGAAGCAAAUGAUCGCAGCCGGGAUCGAGACAUGGCUUUGACACCACGCACCACCUCUGGUAGCCGAGAGCGUGAAAGGGAGCGAGACAAGGAGAGGGACCGUGACAGAGACCGAGACCGAGAUCGAGACCGUGACCGAGACCGAGAUUAUGACAGAGACAGGGAUCGAGACUGGGACAGGGAGCGGGACAGAGACAGAGACAGAGACAGAGACAGAGAUCGCGACCGGGACCGGGACCGUGACCGGGACCGAGUCUCCGACAAAACUCCACAACGCAGCACGGAGAGACGGAGGAGACGCUCCAGUUCUCCACCCUCAUCUUACGAGAGGAGCAGCCGACGCACUGAGGAACGGUUUGACCCAUCUAACAGCAAGACACGAGGAGCUGGAGGCAAGGAGCGUAACAAGCUGUCCACAGAAGAGCGCAGAAAGCUGUUCGAGCAGGAAGUUGCUCAGCGGGAAGCCCAGAAACAACAACAGCUUCAACAACAGCAGCAGCAGCAACUUCAGACUAUGGCUUAUGACCCUUCUCUGGCGUAUGCCUCCAGCCCUGGCUUCAUCACCUACCCUCCUGGAUAUCCCAUUCAGACCUUUGUGGAUCCCUCCAACCCCAAUGCAGGCAAAGUUCUGCUUCCUACUCCCGCAGUUGAACCCACUCUGAACUAUGAACAGACACCUCCCCAGCGUCUUAUAUCAGAUCUGGGACUGUCCUCUCCAUCCUCCACUUCCCAGGCCACUCCAGUCUCCAGUCUUUCUCAGCACAUCACCACCCCUGAACUCACCACUGGCAACCCCCAACAGUAUGCCCAGCCAACUGUAGCAACCCAGGACGCAGGCGUAGCUGUCCUCUCUGUGCCUACCCAGGCAGCCCCUCAGGUACAGGGCCAGCAGAGCUACACUACUCUCUGGGAUCCCACAACUCAGCAGGCAGUGACUGUGCAGACACAGCCUGCGCAGCAGUACGCCACGGCCCCAGCACAGGCUCAGACACAGACAGCCAUCUAUUACCAGGGUCAGCCAUGCCAGACUAUCUAUAGCAUCCCCACCGCCUACCCACAGGCCAACACUCCUGUCAUACAGGCUUACACUGAACCCACAGCAAGCUACCUGCACAGUCAGCCUGUGUAUCCUGGCCAUCAGCAGGGAGUGGUGGUGCAGCAGGGAGGCACAGUCACCACCAUUGUCACAUCCCAAACUGUCCAACAGGAAAUGAUUGUACCCAACAAUGUGAUAGAUUUGCCUCCUCCCUCUCCCCCCAAACCCAAAACUAUCGUCCUACCUCCCAACUGGAAAGUGGCCCGGGACAAUGAAGGCAAGAUCUACUACUACCAUAUUGUCACAAGGCAAACACAGUGGGACCCUCCAAUCUGGGAUGGAAGUAGCGACAACACUAGUGUGGACCAUGAAUCUGAGAUGGACCUGGGAACACCCACUUAUGACGAGAAUCCCUCCAAGUUUUCCACAAAGACAGCUGAAGCAGACACUUCGAGUGAGCUGGCUAAAAAGAGUAAAGAGACAUUUCGCAAAGAGAUGUCUCAGUUCAUAGUGCAGUGUCUAAAUCCUUAUCGGAAACCAGACUGCAAACUUGGACGCAUCAGCAACACAGAAGACUUCAAACACCUGGCUAGAAAGCUAACUCACGGAGUUAUGAAUAAGGAGCUGAAAGCUUGCAACAAUCCUGAGGACCUUGAGUGUAACGAGAAUGUGAAGCACAAGACCAAGGAGUACAUCAAGAAGUACAUGCAGAGAUUCGGCCCCGUGUACAGGCCCAAGGAGGACACAGAGGUGUACUAGCCUCAGUGGCCACAGAUGUUACUCUUGCUCUGUGCGAACACCGGAGAAGCACACAUUUGCCUUUCCAUUCACUCCUUCAUGUAUGUUACUGGCCAGCCUGAGCUGUGAAGUAGUUUCUUACGCAUAUUUAUGACUAAGAAUUGCACUGCUGCCCAAGAAGCUCUCCAGGCCCGGUGGAUCACGGAGGAGCCCCGUUCUUGAGACUGGCGGAGACUCGAGUGUCGGUGAACGACCCCGAAAGCUCCAGGUGCAGUGUUCUCGAAGGACGACACUGCGGGGUGCUACAGAGACUAACGUUCUCACUGACUGUUUGAUUUUAAGCAUUUGGGUUUUUUUUUCCAUUUGUGGUUCUUAAAUGUUCUCCAGAUGAUCACCUGAAUUCCACUUUUUAAACUCUUGUAGUCCUGAACGAGGAUUACUCAAUUGAAUCUUUGGUAUCAUAUUUAUCAGAGUUAGUUUGUUACUUUCCACUGUUAAAAAUGGAUCAAUGACCCAACAGUCCAGUCCCUUCUCCCCCCCCCCUCCCACUUCCUUUUUCAUGUUUUCAUGCUUCAACCCCCCACCACUGACUCUGUAUCUGGUGCUGCUUUUAACUGGGCUGUGGAGGUCCAAGCUUCCACUCCUCAAACCCUGCCUUCUUAACCACGAGACUUUGGAGCCUCUGUUGUUUUAUGAAUGCAUGAUGUAGGCUGAGGUCAGUUUGGUAUCCUUAUGGAAAUUCCUACGUUUUCCACAUGUCCUGCUUCAAGUAAUAUGCCCUCACCAGGAUGAGCUUCACUCACAAUACACUUAGGGAUCAGCCAGUAACCAGCAGGUUGGCAUAGUGAUCAUUAUGUCUUUUAUAAAGUUAUGUAUAAUAAUGGGAGCAGGGUUUGAAUGCUGUGUUUGAUGUGCUGUUUAGCUGUGUAUCAGAUUUUCCCCCCCAUUUCCUGUCCAACCCCUCUCCCGACUUGUCCUGCCCCUGUUUCCUCCUCUCGCAGGAAUAAGGUUGAAAAUGAAAGUUGUAGGAUUUCAGUUUUAACCGUUUCUAAACAUCUUGUGUGUUCUCGUUCUUAUUUUUUUAAUCAGUCCUCGUUAGACGACACAUAGGCCGGCCUUGUUUCACAAACUGUCAUUCAUUAAUUCCCAAGAUUUUUACGGUUGUCAGAGUAGGCUCAUUAGCAUUAGGUCAUUAAUUUGUUGCAGGUUAUUAAAUUGCAUUGAAAGUUCCAACAUAUGUACAUUGCUUUAUAUGUGAAUAUAUUGAAUAAUAGUUUUGGGAAUGUUUAAAUAAGCAGACACUUUGUAAAAGGACUAUCAUUUCAUGAUUGAAAGUGUAAAUAAUAUGUAAAGUUACCAAAGCUGUACGCAGGAGAGUAGGGGUCAGGGAGCACAGCGAGCCCACCCAUCCUCACCAGCUCAGCCCUCCUGAUGCAGUUCCCACAUCAGUCUGUCAGAACUUAGGAAACCCGCUGACUCACAGCCCUCCAUUUUAUUUCAGUGGCGGGGGAGAUUUUCAUGUUUCUUUUUUUUCUGUUUGUUUAUUAUUAUUUUUCUAUGUACAAAGUAAGUUUCACCCAACUCUACUGUAAGUAUUGUGUAAGCACAUUGUCAUACGGAGUGUACAAACAUUUUAAAAGAUAAUAAACUUUUUUGUAAAAUUAUA